AUGCCUUCCCGCGAUCGGAAAACCGGCCGUUUUCGGGCAGCAGCCCGUCGUUCCCACAAGCCCCAGAGCCGUGCCAAACCGCAGGAUGAAGGGGAGGAGAACACCGAGGAGACGCGCCGGGACACCGUUCAAAACGGGAAGCCCAACGACACGAAGAGGAAGACCUCGGAGGCACAGCAGCGACAGGGCCCGGAUAGCAAGCGGCGAGAGACUACAGCGGAUCAAGACUCGAAUGCGUUGAUCAACUCAUUCCAGGUCGCUCAACACGCCAGAGAAACGUCCCCGGGUCCGUCGACACGUCCCAUACAGCCAAUUAUGCUUGGAAAAUGGGCUGAAGCAACGCCCUUCGAUCCUCCAAAGGACGACCGGUCAGGCCUUUCUAUCCAGCACCGCCGAGCCGUUCAGCGUAACCUACAAACUGCUUCUCAAGCGCCGAUGCCUCGAACAUCGACUUCCUCGCUAUCAAUGGCACUGGGCGGUCCGGCGUACCAUCAGCAGACCACACAGCGCGGUACCUCAGAGCAGGCAGCACCGACCUGGUCGGCUUCGAAGUACCCCGGAGGCAUCACGCCCCCGUUCCCGACCUCGACCAACCAGCUCGAAGCAACGCACGUAAGUUCCUUGCCCAGAGAGCCACAGCCCAACCCUUUCCUAUCGCAGCCCGUGGCAAGCACGUACCGGCAUGCAUCGCCGCGGCGGACUUCCGAACAGGAGGAGCACAUGAUGGAGAGGCAGCGCAUGCUCCGCCAGCGGAACGUCGACAGGGACGACCCGCGACUCCGGCAGACGGUGGUCGACGCCCCUGUCCCGUUCUUGGCGUCGCCUACGCAAAGGGUGGCAAGCAACAGCCGCGGCCUGACUCAGGCUGGCAGGUUCGCAGCGCCUUCAGCGGGGGCAGGGGCGUACGGAGAAAAUAAGCCCACUCCGUCUGGGGUUCUUCGGCAAAGGGCAAACCUUGCCCCAGUAAACCCCGUCCGGAAGCCCGGUUAUCUGCCUCCGCGGAUCGCGGGCUCUGAAAAUCGGCGCUCAAGCCUAGGGAGUGCGGUGCGCCUCGUGCAGUUUCAAGAAGGCACAACGAGGGACACGAAUGGCCAGCAGUCCGGAUCGAGGGAGACGUUGUGGCCUGGAGAACCUCCGGCCUCCAUGGCGCAGCCAUUGACCGAAGCACCAUACUCCUUAGGCGGCGGGUCAGGAUGGCUGAACGAGCUACGCCGUCGCGAAGCUGCCGCGCGAGAGAUGCAAUGGGACAGGACGCCACUUGCAAGCACUUCUGCUUCUGCAAGAGCCUCGAGCACGGGCACGCAGAAUGUCGCGAACACGGCACACGGGGACGAUUUUGAGGACUUCACGAACGCGCUGAUUGAGUAUGAGCAGACAAGCGGGAAAACAGUUUCGCCCGGAGGACUUCAGUACUCGAGCGCCAUGGCGCAGCCACUGCCCUCAUCCUCGUACUUCGCCCGGUCGGACGCGGGUUCACCGUCGAGCGACGCAGGCACUUACACAGACGCCACACAAGAGAAGCAAUGGGCUGACACGCCAGACGCAAGCUUCACUUCCGCCCUGGCGAGCUCAAACAACGUCGCACCGCCACUGGACGCCCACAUGUCGGCACCCUCGUCUUCGUCCUUGGACCCAAGCCAGAGCUUGGGCACCGAAAUCACACUCGACGCGGUCCAAGAAGCAUUCGCGCGCAGAAGGGCGUGGCAGCCGGAAGCGGACAUGUUCGCGGGCCACUGCUGGCUAGGAUUUGUAGGGGAGGAUGGGUUCAUCCGCUCGUUCGACCCUCCACGGCCUUGCGACGGCACGUGCGAGAGUCAUCGUAUCCUGAAGCAGGGGCUGGGAGAAUACCGUUGA